CUCCCCAAGCUCCUGAAAAAUCGGCGCUCCUAGUUAUAAAUUCCACAUUUGCCAUCGUUCGGCUUUCUUCUUGGAACGAUGGUGGAUGUCCAAUCCUGUUCUUUGAAAUACGAUACAAACCAAAACUACAAAAGGAGUGGAUUUUACAGUCUUCGAAUAUUGCACCUGCCCAGUCUACAGUAACCUUGAGUGACCUUGCUCCUGGUACCUGGUAUGAUCUUCUGAUGGCAGCGCAUAACGAUGCCGAUUCUACAGAAGCCGAAUAUGCCUUUGCUACUCUGACAAUGUCUGGAGCAACCGUCCCCCCACUUGCAUCAACAUCGUCCACAGCUUCCAGUGCUUUCAACAUUCUCCGAGAUCCAGCCGUGUUCGUUCCCAUUGUGUGUGCUAUAGUUGUAGUAGUCGUCAUCACCGUUGUCGUGGCAGUCGUAAUGGUGCUGAGGAGAAAGGACACAACAUCAGAGUGCCGAUCCCAAGGUGUCUGUAAGUUCUGAAAUAUCGG